AGGUCGGAGCGGGAGCCCGCGGGUGCCUCGCGCCCCCCGCACUUGGACUUGCAGAGGGAUCGGCACCUUCUUUUAAACUUUCCUCUCCCUCUUUUUUAAGACCUGGGAAAACGCAAAUUCUAGAGGAAGUUAGUUCUCAGAAUGCCUCUGCCCGCCGUGGGCAGGGGCGGGGUGCGAGCGGGGACUGGAGGUGGAAAAAUAGCUGGAUGCCUUCUGAGCCGGGUUUUUUUUUUCCCUCCGGUAGAGGCGAAGUGGUGUCAUCUGCAAGGCAUUUCUCGAGGAAGGGACUUUGCUGGUUUUGCUCCAAACCCUUCCAUGUCGAAGGGCUGAUACCGACUUUCCCCAAACUAAAAUGGCUUCAAAAUUCCCAUCUCUGUAACUAGCUUGGCACGGCUGCCGGCACGGCCCUACUCACGCCAGGCAGGUUGGUUUCUUGGAAAGGUUUUGGAAGGUUUGUGUCUGCGCUGUGCAGUUGUAGGUUUUCCACGGAAGCCCUUGCUCAUCCCAAACCUGUUUUUGUGAAUGAUGGUUUGGAUUAUUGCCCGAACUUGGGCUCUGAAAUUUAUUUUAAAUGGGUGAUGUACUUCCCAGGGGAUGAAAAUGAAAAGCUCUAUAAAUGCGAAUUAUGUUCUUAACCAUAAACUUUAUAGGGGAAACCGACCCUAAAACUUGGGGUGUCUGUAAGUCUAUGCCCGGUAAAGUAUGAAUCCGGAGGUUUGUAAACCCCAGGAGCACGUGUUGGCUUUUGCUUUUAGCCAGGAGGCUUCACACAAGGGCUUGUUCUAGAAACGUACAGUGGUACCCAGUACCCGUGGUGCUAGUGAUAGUAUGGGGUUUCCUUCCUGUUAGCUCUGCAGUGAGGUGGUAAUGAGCAGUAGCAUGGUUCGUUCAAUGAUGUGUGUACUGGUUUGUUGGGCGGGAUUCUGCUUUCUAGGAAAUAGCGCUGCAUUAAAACAUCAGAGAACUUUUUAAGUGCUCUCUUGCAGAGUACAGCCCUCACCCUGUUAAACAGCCAUUCAAGUUUCUCGUGUUGCUCCCGUUAGCGCGGCCUCCUGUGAGUUUUGGAUUGUGUGCUCUACUUCUGGCUCAGACAGAUAGGGGUUUUUCUAAAAUGAGGAUUUUGCACUGUGAGGAAUUUUGUCCAAUGCAUGUGCAUACGAGUCCUGCAGUUUGUAUUAGGUGUUUUAUUUUUCUGUGUGAGACAGCAAAAGACAUGAAAAGGUUUUUCCGUAGCAGUCACUUUAGUGAGGACCUCCAGUUUCUAAACUGCAAGUGCUUCCAGGGUGGCCAAUGAGGUGGCCCACAGAGCGGUUCCCACAGUACUGUGCCCUGGAAGGACCCCCGGGGUUUGCGGCGGGCGUGGCAAGGUGUCAUGGCCUUGGCUGAAACCACACUGCAGGUGCCUGGCCUUUCCUGCGGUAGUGUAAUCUUACUCGGGCUUGUGCAUCACAGUGGUGAACAAG